AUGACUUCUCUAGAUAAACGAGAAAGUGGGUUUUUUGAUAGCACACUACCACAAAAUGAUAAUUUACAAUUAUCAAUAUGUAAAGAUCUCUCGAUCGCAGAAAAGUCAUUAAUAUUUGCCAUAAAAGAGUUCGAAUCUUCAAAAAAUUAUAAAGAUUUAUGUGCCAAUGGAUUAGAUGUUGCUAAACGUAGCCAAAAUACUUUGAAAGAAAUUUAUAGAUUGAUGUUCAUUAAUAAUUCACCUUCUAACGAAUCCUCAAAUGAAAAUGAUGAUAAAACAAUAGUUAAUCAUAGAUUCCAAGAAUUUAUCGAAGAGUCUGAGACCUUCCAAAAAUUUAAAAAUUGUUUCUGGGAGACCGGUCUUUUUAUCGGUUAUAAUGUUUGUAACGAUGAGAUUGAGGCUCGUGGAAAAAUCAUUCGUCUAAUGGACGAAUUAGAUCGAACGGAUAACGAAUUAAAAAAUGAAAUCGAAAACUGGAAAACCAAGCAAAAUUAUUGGUACCUAAUUAAAAAUAAAGUCAUGGCCUUUGCAAAAUUCAUUCUGAUUCCUCAUAGAAAACUUGAACAAUAUGAAUGUGAGAUUGCUGAGGAUCAUCUUUCAAAUGGUGAAAUGGUUAGAGGAAGUAAAAAUCAUAUAGUUCAACGAACUUAUUUAGGAUGCAUUAAAGUUGCUGAAACGACUAUUGGUCAAUAUCAUGAUGAACUUUUUUAUGAAUUAAAAAAUGAAAUUAAAUUUAUGCAUGAUCUUCAUCAUCCAGACCUUGAUUUAGCAGACAAAUUGUCAAUUGCACGUGGAAUUGCUAGUGCAUUGGAUUAUUGUCAUGAAAGACAUAUUUUACAUUAUGAUGUUAAAACUGACAAUGUAUUAUUGGAUAAGAAUUUACAUCCUAGACUGUAUAAUUUCCGAAUUGCUAAAGAAUUUCCGGUAAUAUUGACAUCAUCGUCAGUAGCGUUAAGUACUUCAAGAUGGAGUUCACCAGAGAGAAUUCGCGGCGAAAAAUACGAUAAAGCUAGUGAAGUAUAUAGUUUCGCGCUGGUCAUGUGGGCAAUUGAAUAUCAAAACAUACCUUUUGCCGACUUUAUUUCGGAAGAUGAAAUUACAAAUCAAGUACUUUGUGGAAGCCGUCCAGAACUUACAUCUGCAGAUGGAAUACUGGCAAAAUAUCAUGAAAUUAUUGAAAACUCUUGGUCUCAAGAUCCGUCUUUACGUCCCGAUAUGAGAACAAUCCACGAAUAUUUGAAUAAACCAAACUUUAUAUAUUUUUCUAACCAAGAUGCAGAUGAUGAUGACUAUUUUGAUAGUAUUGUAGAUACAGGGCCAUCAAAUGAUACAAUAUUAAAAUAUUUGGAAUUUGAAAAUCGUUGCCAAUCUGGUGAAUAUCCUACCAGAUCAGAUAAAAUAGAAGAAGGUAUUAAAUAUCACCAAAAGAAGAAACACAAACAAGCAUGGGAAACAUUUAAUGAAUGGUACAACCUUCAUUCUGAUGAUUCACAUGCAAAUUUUUGGUUGGGAUUUUAUUAUCUUAAAGGAUAUCAUGUUAAAAAGAAUGAUCAAACAAGUAUGAAAUACCUCAAAAAAGCAUCAGAAUUACAGCAUCCGGAUGCGCAAUAUUGGUACGCGUAUAUCCUGCUAAAUGGACCAGCUGUAUUUAACGGAGAUAGGUAUGCGAUCGCAUUAAAACAUUUAAGGGAAUCAGCAAUGCAAAAUCAUCGUUUAGCAUUGAAAAAAUUGGGAAGAAUUGUGCAGCUUGGGAGUUAUCGUCAAGAAAGAGAUGUUCUUAUCGGAAAAACGAUGAUUUGUAUAGCUGAUCAAAUGAAAAUGAAAGAUAGAAAAGAAUAA